AUGGAUAAGUUUGUAUCCAAAUGGAAGAAGUCGGUUUCAUCUUCAUCAAGUAAUGUGGAUUUGAAUGAUAAAGAUAGUGGCAAAAGACAACGAGUAGAAGUGGAAUUGACGGAAGAUGACAUUGUUGGUGAUCCGGGAUUGCAAAAACCUAUUGAUGAUUAUCCUUUUGCUAUUAGAGAUGAAUUGAGAAGACGAUACUUGGCAAAAGGUCCCUUUCAACCACAUGAUCACAAUUUUCCGAAGUCUAGUUUUGGUAAGAAUAUGAGAUCGUUUCAAAAGGCAUGGUUUACGCAAUAUUAUUGGCUCGAAUAUAGUAUUCAGAAGGAUGCCGCUUUUUGUCAAGUAUGUUAUUUGUUUAAAAGGAUUAAUACUCGUUGUGGAGAUGAUGCUUUUACUGGUGUUGGUUUUAAAAAUUGGAAGAAUGCCUUAAAUAAAUUCAAGGAGCAUGAAGGGGGUUUAAACAGUCCACAUCGUAAUGCUAUGAUUCAGUGUUCGUCAUUUAGAGACCAAAGGCAUAAUGUGGAUUAUGUGUUAUCACAAAAGGGCACUCAAAUGGAGAUUGACUACCGCGUUCGGCUAACGGCGGUUGUGAAAGUUGUUCGAUUGCUUUUAGGGGGAGGUUUGCCAUUUCGUGGACAUGAUGCGUCAAAAGAUUCAAUACGAAAAGGUCAUUUUCUUGAAAUUUUGUAUUGGUAUUGUGAGGAGAAAGAAGAAGUGAAGAAGGUCAUGAACUUGAAUGCUCCCGGGAAUAAUUAG